AUGGAACAUAUCCGGACGCCAAAGGUGGAGCAGGUGCGUCUGAUGGAUCGUUUCAGCAACAAAUCAACAAAUGGCACUCUUUACCUAACUGCAACACACUUAAUUUUCGUAGAGAGCUUGAACAGCUCGUCCACAGCUGCUCAGGAGAUCUGGAUUUUGCAUCAUCAUAUAGCCUCAGCGGAGAAGUUAUCAUUGACCACCACAGGCUGCCCUCUGGUCCUCCACUGCCGCAACUUCAGACUCGUUCAUUUUGUUUUCCCAAGAGAACGAGACUGCCAUGACAUUUAUAGCUCUCUGCUACGCCUACUUCGCCCUGUGUCUUAUGAGGAGCUCUAUGCCUUCUCCUACAACCCCAAACAGAAUGAUCAGCAGAGGGAGGAGGGCUGGCAGCUUAUCGACCUGAGGGCAGAGUAUGAGAGGAUGGGGGUCCCUUGUGACCAGUGGCAGCUCACUGAUGUCAACAGAGAUUUUAAGGUGUGUGAAACAUACCCACGUGACUUGUACGUUCCAAUCACAGCCAGUAAGCCCAUCAUUGUUGGAAGCUCCAAGUUCAGGAGUAAAGGACGCUUUCCUGUUCUCACUUACUUUUACCAAGAAAGGAAGGCCGCAGUGUGCCGGUGCAGUCAGCCUCUCUCCGGCUUCAGCGCUCGAUGCUUGGAGGAUGAAAGCAUGCUGCAGUCCAUCAGUAAAGCCAAUCACAACAGUAGAUUUAUCUAUGUCAUGGAUACGAGACCAAAGUUGAAUGCAUUAGCAAACCGAGCAGCUGGUAAAGGCUACGAAAACGAGGACAACUAUUCCAACAUACGCUUCCAGUUCGUAGGCAUCGAAAACAUCCAUGUAAUGAGAAGCAGCCUACAGAAAUUACUAGAAGUGAUAGGAACACGGUCUCUCACAAUGAGCGACUAUCUUGUGGGAUUGGAGGGCUGUGGCUGGCUACGACAUAUUAAAGCCGUUGUAGAUGCAGCGGUAUUUUUAGCCCAGGCAGUGACAGUUGAAGGUGCCAGUGUCUUGGUUCAUUGUUCAGACGGCUGGGAUAGAACUGCCCAAGUCUGUGCUCUGGGCUCUUUGCUAAUGGACCCCUACUACCGUACCGUCAAAGGAUUCAUGGUGUUGAUUGAGAAAGACUGGAUCUCCUUUGGUCACAAGUUUGCUGACAGGUGUGAUCAGUUAGAUGGAGAUCCAAAAGAAGUGUCCCCCAUCUUCACGCAGUUUCUUGAAUGUGUCUGGCAGCUCACUGAACAAUUCCCCCAAGCAUUUGAGUACAGCGAAUGGUUCCUGCUGCAGAUUCAUGAACAUGUUCAUUCCUGUCAGUACGGAAACUUCCUUGGCAACAAUGAAAGACAAAGAGAGGAACUACAGCUGAAAGAGCGAACCCAUUCCUUGUGGGCAUUCCUCUUUGGUGAAAAGCAGAACUACUUAAAUCCUUUCUACAAUCCGACUUACAAUGAGGAGCACCCAGUCCUGGAGCCCUCUACACUGCCCUACCAUUUUAAAUUCUGGAGGAACAUGUACCAUCAGUUUGAUCGAUCCAUGCAUCCACGACAGUCUAUAUUAAAGACUAUUCUCACUCUGAAGGAGAAACACGACAAAGCAGAGAGCACACUGCAAGCUCUGGAGAAGAGGCUCCAUCAGCUUGGUGUCACCCCUGUUGUGAGUUCUGACCCUACCGCACUUCCUACGAGAGACCAGCGCUCCAACCCCAAGGCUCUGCCCCCGCGCCCCGACUCCAUCAUCCUGGGGGCUCCGGUCAGCCACAAAGAGGAGCAGCGACUGGAGGAAGAGCAAGAAGAGGUGGGCGAGGAGGCCCUGGAGAGCAAUGACAGCGAGCGGACAGUAGAGGGCAGCAGCGGCACAGACAGCAGGAAACAAAGCUACGGGGAGUUAGAAGGGACGUACAACGAGAUGGCCAAGGAAGAGCCUGCUGUUGUGAGUCUGGAGUUUGGAGUGGCGCGCAUGACGUGCUGA